AUGGCAGCGGUGUCCUCUCUCUUUUUAGGGUUGGCCUGCUCCGAGUGUCAGCGAUUCCCACCGGCAGGCGAGGCCAAUCCUGGAGUUCCCUCUCAAACUGUGGGUCAUUAUGAACCAUCAGUUCUUUCAGUAAAAGCUGGUGAAUGUGUUAAUAUUCACUGCACAUUUCUAGAUCAAUCAGAUCGGAUGAUUUGGUACAAGCAAAGAUUUGGUGAGAUGCCUCAGAAGGUGGGAGAAAGUUUAACACAUAAUGAAAUCAACAUUUCACCUGAGUUCAACAAAUCAGGAUUAAAAAUGAAGAAAACGGAGACUGAUUUCUUCUUGACAUUUCUACAUAUAAAUAAAGAGGAUGAAGGAUUGUACUUCUGUGGAAUAUUUAGCUGGGUGAGAAAUUCAUUUUCCAAUGGAACUUUCAUAUCUGUGACAGAUGAUCAAGAGUUCAGUGUAUUGGUGGUUCAAAGUGAUGUGAUGGAUUCAGUUCCUGCAGGAGAAUCACUAAAUCUGCAGUGCUUUGUUUUCUCGAAAAGCAGAAGCGUGGAACUCCCAGUGCUCUGGUUUAGAUCUGCUUCACCAGAAUCCCGUCCUCAAAUCGUUUACUCUCAUUACAACAGCAGCCAUCAGUGUAAGGAAAGCUCUAAUACAUACACCUGUGUGUACAACUUCUCCAAGAAUAUCCUCACCAUCAAUGAUACUGGUACCUACUACUGUGCUGUGGCCAUGUGUGGAAAGAUUAUUUUUGGGAAUGGAACAACUGUACAGCUGGAAUCUGUGGACUCUUUAUGGAUGUUCCUUGCAGUUGCUUUGGUGGUGUGCAUGAUAGUGAUCUCUGUUCAAGCUAUUUUAAUCUGUAAAUUUAGAAGCUGUAAACCGUGCAGAGAUCGAUUCCUCUCCAGCGGCGGCGAAGCGCAGCUGGUGAGAUGUCCAUCUGAUUCCCUGAACUACGCACAUAUGAGUUCGGUGACUCUUUUUGUGCUCCACAGAUUGGUUCCUCUCCAGCGGCAGCAAAGCGCAGCUGAUCGGUUCCUCUCCAGCGGCGGCGAAGCGCAGAUGUUGAGAUGUCCAUCUGAUUCCCUGAACGCACACGUCAGUUCGGUUUUUCUUAAUGCAGAUUGGCUGCUUCCCCGCAACAGCGGUUCACGACUGGGGACCUAG